GCUUUACUCGUUCACACGUUAGUCGAUCAUUGGCAGUCUCUUGAACUAAAAGUUCUUCGUUGACAGUCCAUAUUUUAAUUAUCACGUAAUCAAUUCAAUGGAAUAAUUAAAAACAAAUCACUUUUUUUUCUAUUAAAAUUUACCAAAAAUUAAAUAGUAAUUAGUUUGUAAAUAAAUUAUAAACUGCAAAUAUUUAUAAAUGUAAAUUAAAAUUUUCAAAGCUGUGAUAAAAUAAAUUUAUGAAGAAAACAAAAAAUGACUUGUAAUAUCAAUUAUAAUCGAACAUCAAUAAUAUUUCGUCUUUAAUCAUCGUAAUCGAUGAUAUUUCAUCGAUAUUCGUUUAUCAAAUAAAUUAAUCAUACCCGGAAAAAAUUUGUUAUUCUUAUUAUAAUGGCGUGUCCGAUUGGAAAUGGAUAUGAUGAUUUUGGACAAGAUGGAGAACAAUUAACGGAAGGUCCAGGACUUCUUUAUGGAGAAUAUCUCCACCUUGAUAAAAUUCUCUCGGCCCAAAGAUUAUUAAGUGCAGAAUAUAAUAAGGAAGUGCAUGACGAACAUCUUUUCAUUGUAACCCAUCAAGCCUACGAAUUAUGGUUCAAGCAAAUAAUUUUCGAAUUGGAUUCAGUGAGAAUGCUUUUCACAUCGGAAAAUGGACAGGAAAAUUUACGUGAACAAGAAACAAAUAUGGAUCAGUCCUUUGAAGGACUCGAUGAAUCCAGGACAUUGGAAAUUUUAAAGAGACUCAAUCGAAUUGUGCUUAUUCUGAAACUACUUGUGGAUCAAGUGACAAUUCUGGAAACAAUGACCCCCCUGGAUUUUAUGGCAUUUCGUGACUAUCUUUGUCCAGCUUCUGGUUUUCAAUCGCUGCAAUUUCGAUUAUUGGAAAAUAAAUUGGGCGUUAAACAGGAGCAUCGUGUUAAAUAUAAUCAGUGUUACACGCGAGUGUUUGGAAAAGAUCCCAAAGCAAUAGAAGCUAUUAAAAAAUCAGAGAUUGAACCAAGUCUCAGUUGUUUGGUCCAAAGGUGGCUUGCCCGAACGCCCGGUUUAGAUUCAAAUGAUUUCGAUUUUUGGGGAAAGUACAAGAGGGCCGUUGAACUCAUGUUGGAGGAGCAAAAAGAUGCCAUCGAUAAACAGACAAAUGAGCAACAUCAAAGACACCUAAUGUCAACCUUAUCAUCACGACAGGCAGUUUUUGACACAAUUUUCAAGGAAUCCUUGCACAAUGCUCUUGUAUCGAGAGGCGAGAGAAGGUUCACAUUUUCGGCACUGCAAGGAGCAGUAAUGAUAACCCUCUAUCGUGAUGAACCAAGAUUCAGUCAGCCUCAUCAAAUUCUUACUGCCCUAAUGGAUAUCGAUUCUCUUAUCACAAAAUGGAGGAUUAAUAAUUUUCCAGAUAAUCAUGUUAUUAUGGUUCAGAGAAUGAUUGGAUCACAACAAUUGGGAACUGGAGGAUCAUCUGGAUAUCAGUAUCUGAAAUCAACUCUCAGUGACAGAUACAAAGUGUUCUUGGACUUAUUCAAUCUCUCAACAUUUUUGAUUCCACGACCACUAAUUCCGCCAUUAACAAAACAAAUGAAAACCAAAUUAUCACUCGGCUGGGGUUGCUGGGUACCGGAAGAUGAGCAAAGUAUCUCAUCGAAUUCCGCAGAAGCGUCAUUAUGAUGAUUAAAAUCAAAUUCAAACAAUAGUGCAUAAGAAAUAAUCCAAACGAUUCUUAUUCAGUCUCUAUAAUAUAUAAAUUUAUUGUUUUUCUUUCGUCAAAAAAAAAAAAAAAACAAACAGUUUUUCUCA